UUGGACACAAAAAUGGCGCCGUGUUUCAAGAAGUUUGGAAGUCCUGUAUGAUGAAGCAAUGUAAAGCUGUAUUGACCUAAAACUUUUGUUUUCGUUAUAGUUUUAUGGCUAGUUGUUGUACCACGGGUUGAAUUAAACAUAUUUAUAAUAUCCAAAAUGGAUACACCAGAAGACAACACGGCAGUCAUCCGUAUGAAAAGGGAUUUUGACAGCUUUCUAUCUAACACCAGUCGUCAUGGUCUCCCACGGUUUGACCUGGAUCGCAGCACAGACAUCUCCCUGAAUCAGUCUGCACAAUCUGCUGUUUCCAUCAAACACCUGCUGGAUCGAGAAAAGGAAGGAAGAUUAAAAGAUGCAGAAAUGGCUGCUGCUAAAAGCAAAAUAUUACAACUUCAGUCCGAGGUUGAACAGAUACGAACAUCUAAUAAAAGAGCCAAAAUUGAAAUGGAUUUCAACAUUGGUAGCAUGAAAGGCGAAAGGGAGCGAGAAGAAGAAAUGAUGAAGGAGCUGAAAGCCAAGUUAAAGUACAUGUCUGACAAGGAGAAAAAUCUACAGGAUGAACUUGAAACCUGUCGAGGGGAGUUGAAACAGGAGAAGGUAGAUUUUGAGGCCAAGAUGUUGGCCCAGCAGAAGGAGAAAAUUCAUAUGCAGCAGAUACUACAGCAGUUGAGAGAUUCAUCGAAAACUAAAAUAUAUGAAUUGCAAAAUGAAUUGAUGAAGUGUCAGACAGAAAUGCAGCAAGCAAAUGUAGAAGUAGAAGAAACAAGUGAACAGUUAAAACUGCAGCUGAGGAGAACAACUGACUUGUCGUUGGAAUUGAAGGAGUUAGAGGAGUGUAGACAUACUGCACAGCAAGCUGAACACAAGAUUAAGAUGCUGGAGCAACAGGUGAGCAGGAUGUCAGAGGAUGCAGUCAUGACCCAGGCCAUGAAGAGUCAGAUCACCUCUCUCCCAGCACUGGAGAAGGAAGUCAGGAAACUUCGUGAAGAGAACGAAUAUUUGAGGGGUACAAAUGAAAACAAUCUACUGCUUAAAGAACAAGCAGAAAGUAUGAAGAAAAAAUUGGAGAGGUUAGAACAGCGAUCUGAAGACUUUGCAAAAAUGGAAGUUGAAAAUACAGAAAUGAAAUAUCGUCUGGAAAAGUGGGAGUCUGUAGAUAGUGAUGGAAUAAGAAUACAAAAUCCGACCCAGAUGAGCCAGAGGAUAGCACAUCUACAGGAAAUGAAUGCUGUACUGCUGGAAAAACAGGGCAAACUGCAGAGCAGUUUCCACCUAGAGGAGGAGAAUGGCCGAUGCUUAAAGUACAAGUAUGAGAUGUUACAGAGACAACAUGAUCAGGACAAAAUCAAAUCACAACACCUCAUGGAACAGUUGAAACGCUUCCAACGCAAACUUCUCCUUUUCUCCAAGGAAAGAGAUGGGUACAAACAGAUCAUAGACUCCUACGAGAGUGAACUGACCAGUAAUAUUGGGUCACUGACCACAAGCCGCGUCCAACACCAGGAGGGAGUUAUCGACGGCUACAGGAAACAGGUGGAGAUGCUGGAGGCUAACAUUAACAAGUUGACACAGGAGCUUACCAAUUACAAAAUGCAGGGCUGUCAAAAGGAUACAUCAUCCUCAGUUGAUGGUAAUGGAGUAGUUCCAAGGCAUCAAGUGGACAACACAGAUCAGAAGAUCAUACUGCAACUCAGGGAAAGAAUAGAAAAAUUAGAAAAACAAUUGGAGAAGACUGAGGAGGAAAAAUUCAUCCUUGAAUCAAGAAUAGAACAGCGACACCUUCAGGGUGACUUUGAUCCAACCAAGACAAAGGUGUUACACUUCAGUAUGAACCCAGUAGCUUUAGCACAAGCUAAAAAGAAGGAAAUCAUUGCAGAACUCACAGAGGAAAACGACAAAUUAAAACAUAGGUUGAAGUUGCUGGAGGAAUCAGAGGGGAAAGUUGAUGACCUUACUUUGCAAGUACAACAGAAGAUGGAAGAACCUUGUUCAAGUAAAGAGCUGGAUGGCUUGAAGGAACAGUUGUCAAGGGAAGAGACAAAGAAUAAGAGAUUGAUGGAAGUAUUUAAAAAGACAAGUCAGGAAUUCAGGGAAGUGUGUUACCAGUUGACCGGUUACAAAAUUGACAUUUUAUCGUCCAAUCAGUACAAGCUCACGAGUAUGUAUGCUGAAUCACCAGAGGACUUCUUCCUGUUCCAGCAAAGUUCCAGUGGUGAAGUACAGAUGCUGGGAACUGACUUCUCUAACACACUAGAGGAAGCCAUAGAACUUUACCUCGCUAAACAGGACAGUAUUCCAGCCUUCCUCAGUAGUAUCACACUUAAUCUGUUCAGCAGACAGACAAUGAUGAUUGGCUGACCUUUACCUUCAGUGACCUUGACAAUUAAAUGUGCUUCAUAGUUGUGUUUCAGCACACUAUGAUGAUUGGGAUUAUAGAAGAAUGAUGUCAUUUACACCAAAAUUCAAACUCCAGUGUAUGGCUUAGGAUGAUUGGCUGACAAAAGGAACAAUCCCACUAUGAGGCUGACUCCAGAAUGUGUGAAAUUAUAUUCACAAUUAAGCUGACCUUCAAAGCUUCAUGGACCUCCAUACUGUGUGGGCAUAGUAAAACAACACAAUGUUUAUUAUACUCCUGUUGGGCUGCCUUGGUGGUACAGAUUCCAAUGAGACAAUAUCCAACACCAAACACUAUAUGCCAAUGUCAGUUGUGUAAUUCCUGUAUGACAAUGUGUAGAAGGGAUCCAAACAUGUCUACAUUUCUUUUAGAUGGGAAGAUAUACACUGUAUACCUAUCCACGACAAACCAUCUAAUGGAUUGUUAUCAUAACAUUCAAAAUUGUCUACUGGGUAUAUGUGUGCUAUCUAAGGAUGUACCUUCAGGGUUCUUUAUUGUACUGAUGAGUUGUUAGGAAUGCUUUUAAGUAUGCAUUGAACUUUGAGAAUGAUACCACUAGAAUUCAGGCAUACACACAUAAGUACAUUUACUUGUAUGCAUGCCAUCUUGUUAUUGAUUAUAAAUGCUUUAUAUAUUGUAUAAAACAAUGUGACAUUAAACUUUACCCAAUAAUUCCAAAUGUGGAUGAAAA